AACAAAAGCAAUGGACACCUUGCAAAAUCAGCUGUCAAAACGAUUUAAAUACUGUAACUUGACAUAUAUCGGCAUGUAGCUGCACGAAAUCCUCGGAACAGUUGGACAUUCUGCAACAGAGGAUGUAGAUAUGCUAUUACAGUGCAUACUGAAUGCCAUGUUGAAGCAGACGAUGGGCUAAUAUGCCCCCAAAAUGAGAACCAUCCUCGACCAAAAAAUAUUCAAUUGACACGGUCGAUGGUUUGGGGAUAUGCAUCAUUUGUUGAUAACCGGCUGUCGAACAACCUUUGGUCAGUCAUGACUUGUUUCACGUCAAGAAAUAUCUUCUUCGCUGCUGUUUUCCUGACAGCUUGGGAUCUCUCCAACGGAUCUUGCAGUGGUCGGAAAAUCUUAAAGGGUCAGCGAGGCCAAAUAUCCGAUGGACCAGAUCUUUAUUCAGCCAAUGCACAUUGUGAAUGGCUUAUUGAUGCCGGCGGCCCCAACAAGACAAUCCAGCUGGAGUUCAAGAGCAUGUCAACAGAGUGCUCGUUUGACUUCCUGUUUGUGUAUGAUGGAGACUCACACACAAGCCCCAUGUUGGCCAGUCUGUCGGGGGACAGCCACCCAUCGCCUGUUGUGGCCACUUCGGGAUAUAUGUUGCUGUACCUGUUCACGGACAGAAACUAUAUGCGCGAUGGCUUCGAGACCAACUACUUCGUCUACGACUGUCCCUGGAACUGCAGUGGACAUGGACAGUGCGUCAACCACACAUGCACCUGCGACAAAGACUACACCGGUAGUGGUUGCGAGCACCUGCUCUGUCCAGAGUCGUGCAACAGCAACGGUGUAUGUGAUAAGUAUGGGGAGAAGAAGUGCCUGUGCAGCGAGGGAUAUACUGGGCAGAGCUGCAGCCUCUCCACUCACGACAACAGCGGGACAGGAAAGUGGUACACGCUGGCCAAAUCCGGCUACCCUGCUCGCACAUCUCACUCUGGCUUCUUUCACGAACAGACGGAGUGUUUGUGGAUGUUUGGCGGAUAUGAUCUCAACAGCGUCCUAGACGAUGUGGUCCGCUACUGUAUGAAGGACAACGUGUGGGAGAGUCUUACAAAGUCUGGAUCCUGGCCGGAGGGGCGACGUGGCCAUGCAAUGGCCGGUUUUAAAGAAGGGUUCUAUGUAUUUGGUGGCAUCCUUGCCAAUGACUCCCAUAGUAAUGAAUUGUGGUUCUUUAACCUGACCACUUUUGAGUGGACGGAGAAAGCUUUAAACAGCACAGUCAAGCCGUUGGCUGUCACUGGCCACACACUGACCACGGUGGAAAAGUGGAUUUAUUUAUUUGGUGGGAAGACUGAGGAUAGGGUAUUUAUCGAUCAUAUAUACAGAAUAGCCCUCUUGGAAGGGGAACAAUGGGAGAAGGUGCUGGUAAGGGGAGGUAACUACCCUCCGAAAUGUCUCGUAGGGCAUACCAUGGUGUAUUACAAAGAAGCCAAGUCUCUGGUGGUGUUUGGUGGAUACAAGCAGAAAAAUUCCAUCAUUAGUCACAGAAUUAAUCAGCUUCACAUGUUUCAUAUUGAGGACAAUUACUGGUCACAGAUCCAUAAUCAGGAGGUGAACCUGUCCGGUAUUCCUGGGGACCGGGCUUUCCAUUCCGCUGUGAUCCUGGGCAAUUACCUCGUCGUAUACGGCGGCAACACUCACCUUCACAACAGCCUGGAGAUAUGCUUUAACUCAGGGUUUCAUUUCUAUCAUCUUGGCUGCCACAUGUGGGUGAACCAUACUCAUUUCACCGGUCUUUCAACUGCGUCAUCAUCAUUACCAAAGACGGGACGGUUUGGCCACGUAGCAGUAGCAGCGUAUGGAGAUGUCAUGUUGCUAGCAGGGGGCUACUCUGGAAAGGUCCAUGGGGAUCUCCUUGCUUACAAAGUGCCAAUCGCAGUUGCUCAUCAUCAGACGUUCACAGGGGUGAGAAACACAACAUUUGACCAUUGUGAGGACUACAAGACCUCGGACCUGUGUGUCGGGGACCCAGAGUGUGUGUACUGUAGAAGUGAGAUCAUUGGACUACCGUUUAAGACUCACUGCUAUCAUCGCACACGGAAAGAGAUAUGCUUGGAGAGAAGUCACAGUGAACUCCUAUCCAGUUGUCCUGGUAUCUGUCAAGCGUUACAUUCGUGUGGCUCGUGUGCAAGUCAAGGUCGCGGGGUGGAUGUCACCAACUCCCCCAGGCUCCAUGUGUACAAUGAGAAGUGCAUGUGGUGUGUCAAAGAGGCCCAGUGUCAGAAACAGACAGAUCCCAGAGGAACAUGCGAGUCGGCCAAUAACACCGAGUCUGGGCUUGAGGGCUGGUGGGAGGGGCUGAGCCGGAACCUGACCACCAUAGAGCAGUGUGUCCUGGAGGACUUCCCUGCUGGGCUGCACUGGAUCCGCUACAGGAGUCCCAAGAACGCCACCUUUCCUGAUGAAGUGACCCUGAUUCGCAAGGCAGAAGCUCGUCUGAAGUUUGUCUACAACUUUGAAGGAGAAGUGGCAAGGCCAUUUGUGUACAGUGCUGACAUCAUCGGCUACUUGCAUCCUCUGAAUGCAGUGCCCACCCCUGACCGCGAGCUGUGUCUGUACCUAGGUAUCCAGCAGGCUGAGGGCAAACUCUACCUCAGCCGGGAUGAGUCCAGGGAUCACAAGGAACUUGUAUCCCAUGUGGAGAGCCAGAAUGAAUAUACUUCUGCAGAGGCUCGUCGUCGUGACAACAGUCCAGUCUUCCCCUACGUUCAGAGUGGCUUCAAGUACUAUGUGGAACAAGAAACGGAACAAAAGAUUAAAAGCAGCCAGAACCUGAACAGCAACGAUAUGUUCUAUCCUUCAUCACAUACAAGAGUGGCCUGGAACCGAGAAAUCAAAGCCACCUUCAACCAGCCCCGAGACAUCACGUACGAGUUCCUGGAGCCGUACAGGAAUGGCUCCUGCGGUGGCCAUUACAACUGCCUGUCCUGCCUGACUGACUCCCUCUGCAGCUGGUGUCCUGCAACAGACACCUGCUUGAGACGGGACACUUUGAGUAACGAGUCUGCAUGUAAUGGUGCUCAUGAUCCCUACUUGAUAACCAGCAUGGCAGAGUGCCCGUGUUGUGACUACUAUGUCAACUGCCACACUUGUGCGUCAAACCCCCUGUGUGAGUGGGUGUCUGGCGAUGGUCAGUGUACAAGACGUGGACGUGUUGAGCAGACAAUACGCAAUGCCAGUGAAUGCCAUCCACCUUGCCACAUGCGCACCACAUGCACUGACUGCACCCAUGGGCAGGAGAAGUGUGCAUGGUGCAAGAACACCAAGAAGUGCUUGCCCUUCUCUGACUACGUCACUCGCUACCUCAUGGGGGAGUGUACAGGCUGGGUGGACAACGACCGCAAGGGCAUCAACUGCAGUGACUGCUCCCACUACAACACAUGCAAGUCCUGCAUCCAGAACUACGGGCAUGGGUGUGGCUGGUGUGGCAGCAUGGAAAACCCCACCAUCGGGGUGUGCUUGAAUGGGGACUUCUCAGGCCCUGAGGUAGAAGGAAACUGUUCUGCCCUGAUCAGCGAGGAGCACAACGUGUCAGGAUCGGAACCAGCCAACUGGGUCUAUGACAUCUGUAUGGACGUGGAGGAGUGUCUCUUGGGGCUGUAUGAGUGCCACCCUAAUGCCACCUGCAUCAACACAUUCGACUCGUACGAGUGCCAGUGCAACCAGGGCUUCCAUGACGUGGGUGGGGGAGUCUGUGAAGAAACGUGCUUCCACACUUGUGUCCAUGGCAACUGCUCUGGCCCCAUGAACUAUCAGUGCAUCUGCCACCUGGGGUGGACAGGGAUGGACUGCAACACCAACUGUGGCUGCAACAAUCACAGUACCUGCGAGAGAGGAGUGGGCAUCUGUGACGAGUGUCAGAACCACACGACCGGCCCCAGCUGCAAUCUGUGUAGGGCUGGAAGCUAUGGCAACCCAAAGAAUCUUGAUGGUUGUGUGCCCUGUGAGUGUAAUGGGCAUGGUGACCUGCCCCGCGGAACAUGCAACAACGCCACUGGGAAGUGCUACUGCACUGACAACACAGUGGGGGAAAGCUGUGACACCUGUGAGCAGGGCUAUUAUGGCGACCCAUGGAGUGGAGGAAAGUGCUACCUUCAGUGUGACGGACGUAUGAUCAGAACAGGGAUUACACGAGGGGCCGUUGGAACUCACAAAGGCAGCGGACUCAAACACAAGGCCAACACUUACUGCUUGUGGGUGCUGUCAUACUUCGACAAAAUAGACAUACCCCACAUGAGGAGUUCACGCAAGAUGUUGACAGCUCCAACCAUCAUCAUCUCCAUCGAGGGCGUCCUGCAUGUCAACUGUGGACAGGACUCCGUGUAUGUAUAUGAUGAUAUCCCGGACUUCGUGAAUGGCCCCAGGGAUGCGGAGAAUGUGAGCAACGCUGUGCUGCUAGGGGCAUUCUGUGGCAUGAAUCCUGGCAAUGACCUGGUCGUGAAGGCACACACAGGCACCAUCGUAAUCUACUUCGAAGCUGAUCUCACACAUCCAUCCAAGACCAUUGGUUUCAAUGCCAGCUAUCAGGUGAUACAGUGCCCUGACCAUUGCCAUGGUAACCGGAUGUGUGUGGAUCACAAGUGUGUGUGUAUACCAGGCCAUGGGGGAUACAUGUGUGAGAUCGACCUGUGUCCGAACAAUUGCUCCAGCUCAGUUGGAGACGGACAGGGACGCUGUGAUGAGAUGUAUGGUGUGUGUAUCUGUAAUCAAGGCUAUGGAGGAUCAGCAUGUGACAUGAAUAUCACGAAUGUCAGCGAGCCCCACUUACAGAUCCUGACGGAUCCCCAGCGUAUCUUGAACCAGCGCAACAAGCUGCCCUCCUCCCGUGUGGGACACACUCUCACAUCCUGUGGGGACGACAUGCUCUACUUGUUCGGUGGCUACAAUUCGGAAAGCCAGCUUCUCAAUGACAUGUGGGUGUUCGAUAUCAAGCUGUCCAAGUGGAAAAGUAUCAUAUUGCCCAUAUCUGAGGAGGAGCCAUCAGGAAGGUAUUUCCAUGCAGCGGCCUGUAUCCCCAAACGUAAAAUUAUCUACGUAUUCGGUGGGUUUGUGAUGGACAGAAACCGCCAUGGUCUACUGAAGGCAACCAAUGAGCUGUGGAAGUUCACCCUGGAGUCCAACAUCUGGUCCAAGGAGGAGGUACCGAAGUACGUGCCCCCUCUGGCCGGCCACAGUCUGACUGAAGUCGGGGACGCUAUGCUGAUCGUGAUCGGCGGCUUCUCCACAGAAGACUACUUCUCUGACAUGGUGUUUGAGUACAAGGUGGAUGAGAAAAAGGACCUGAGGUGGAGGCUGUACGGGAUGGAGAACCUCGCUGGUGCUAUCCCUGUUGGUCUGUAUGGCCACAGUGCAGUGUUCGAGCCCAUAUCGCAUACAAUCUACGUUUAUGGCGGCUACAUGUACAAAUCCGGCAGCUGGUAUGUGUCACGUGACCUACACGCCUAUGAUGUAGUUGCUUCAAUGUGGAGUCUGCUGGUUCCGGAGGGCAAUGGAGAGGUUACUGCCAGGGCCUUUCAUACUGCAGUGCACUUGGAGGACAAAAUGGUGGUGAUCGGUGGUCUGGAGGCAGAUGGGAGCCGUGUGGGGCACCUGCUGAUCUACAAGUAUCGGUGCAACACUCGCCACAAAGUUGACAAAGACCUUGGAACAGGACUAGAGGCAGCAGCAGUCGUGGGCAUCAAAGCCGUCGUCAGCAACGAUAACAUCUACCUCUACGGCGGUUUCUCAGGCACAACAGUGGGCACGAUGUCUCGUCUCACUGUUCCUGACGAUGUCUGCAAGCUGAUAGACACACAGUUCUGCAACUUACAAGGGUGUUCACUCUGCACCAGUGUGGUAGAGGGCAAGGAGAACGAGUCCAUCUGCUAUUCCAGUGAUGGAGAGAAACCAGAAGGCUGUACGAGUGAGGACAAGAAGUUGAAGUGUAACAACCUGUGGUACAACAGCACCAACUGCUACAGAUACACCUCCUGCAGCCAGUGUCUGGCCGUCUACCCCCAGUUCAAGGACCAGUCUCCGAAGUGCCAGUGGUGUCGUAACUGUCCCGAGGGCAAGUGUAUCAGGAAGGAUGCCGAUUGUAAAGAGGAGACGAAGUGUAACGGUCAGCAGGACUCGAUCCACACAGCGAAGCAGUGCUUCCAAUACCUGUGUCCCUACUCUGACUGUGAACGAUGUACUGAGCAGGAGAGUUGUGGCUGGACGAGGAAUGUCAAGAGAUCGGGCGAGAGCAAUCGUUUCAUCAGUGAAAAUCCGAUUUAUGACUGGAACUGCGUGGCAACGUCUCUCCUCUCCAAGAAGGGGAACUACAGCAACUCCAUGCCCCCCAACAACUGCACGCGGCGCUGCUACACCUUCAAGACUUGUGACCAGUGUCUGGCCUCAAGCGGAGGGGAGGGGGGUUCUCAGGAGUGCAUCUGGAGCGAGACUCUACAGGAGUGUAUGCCUCCAGCCUACCGCCCUCUUCGAUGCUCAUUUGGAGAAUGUGGGUUUGUCAUCCAACAGAGGAAAAAUAAGACCCUCCAACCAACAGCUCGCUGCCCUCUGCCCUGUGGCAACCACACCAAGUGUGCUGAGUGCAUCACUGCACCUGGGUGUGGCUGGUGUGCUUUUGGGGGACAGAAUGGCCUGGGUGUGUGUAUGAAGGGGGGACGAGCUGGACCUUCUGGAGGCGCCUGUCUGGAUGACCAUCGGACGGAGAUGCACCUCAGAAAGACGGAUAAAUUUACAGAAACACAGUCCGACGGAGUUGCUGGCGCCCACAUCUGGUCCUUUGACAGCUGCCCGCCUGAGAACGAGUGCCUCAAUGGUCACCACACUUGUAAUGAAAAGACACAGAGCUGCAUCGACACCCCAUCCCACUUCAAGUGUGAAUGUAAGAGUGGAUAUGUGGCCACACAGCAGGGUGAGCUGUGUGGCCCAGUGUGUCACCAGCGAUGUAACCAAGGCAAGUGCGUCCAUCCUGACCAGUGUGAGUGCAACUUCGGUUGGGUUGGCGUCAGCUGCAACACCGAGUGCCAGUGCAACAUGCACAGCAACUGUGAGGCUGAAUCGAAAGCUGAUAACUGCACCCAGUGCCUCAACAAUACUCAGGGAAAGGACUGCGGCGAGUGCAAGGAAAACUUUGUGGGCAAUCCAAAGAAGGGAGGGAGGUGCAUCCCCUGCCAUCAGUUCUGCAACAACCACACGGACAAGUGCAGGCUGGAUGGUGAACAAAGCGGCAACAUCAGACGAGGGCCGAAAGAUGUUGAAGCUGUAUGUGUGGACUGCAAGCACAACACCCAGGGCAUACAGUGCCAGAUGUGUAUGCAGGGACACUUCAGACUGCAGGAAGAUCCCAAAACUAAAGAAUGCACUGCGUGUCAGUGUAACGGCCACAGUAACAUGUGUAACCGACAGACUGGGGAGAGUUGUCUGUGUCAGAACAACACAGAGAGCGAGUGUGACAAGGACAGCACAGAGCCAUGUUGGCAGAGACAGUGUUCUGAGUGUCGGGAGUACUUCAUGGGGACACCCACCAACAACCAUCAGUGUUACCGCCAGAUGACAGUCGACAAGGAGUAUUGCUUUGACCCCGAGACUCAGAACAACUGCAACCGGGAACCCAUGGCGCUCAGACAAGGGAGAACUGUCUUUUUCGCAGUCCAACCAAAAUAUCUGAACGUCAAUAUUCGUAUUACAAUAGAUGUGACGAUGGGAGGGGUGGAUGUGUAUUUCUCUAACAAGGAAAACACAUUCCGUGUGAUAGUUGGGAAGGGGACUGGCAUCCACACAAUAGACAUGGACAAGAAUGCACUGGAAAGUAAGCUAUCAGCUGUAUCUGAAUCCCAAGGGUUCUUCAAGGACGAAAGAAAAGCCAAUGACCUGAACACUUUCAUCACAAUAUAUCAACAGAAUACCAUCCUAAGAGUGCGUGAUGUUAGAUUCCGACUUAUUAUUACCCUGCCCCGCGACAAUCAUGAGCUGCGAACAGCUCGUUUCUACUUGAUUCUGAAAAGCCAGGGCGACGGAAACCAUAACGUGACGUAUGGCAGUUUGUACUUCCGUCAAGAUCAGCCUCACAUCGAUCUCUUCGUCUUCUUCUCUGUCUUCUUCUCCUGCUUCUUCCUCUUCCUCGCCAUGUGUGUGAUGCUGUGGAAAAUGAAACAGGCCUUCGACGCACGGCGCACACGCCAACUGCGAGCACGGGAAAUGGAGUGUAUGGCAUCACGGCCGUUUGCCAAAGUUCUUUUACUAGUGGAACCUGAGCACUCUAUCACCAUGCCAGCUAUGAUGCCUAAAAGGACUCGUGCAACGAAAAUCACUCGAAAUAUUCACCAAAUCGAGAGCCCUCUCCAUAUCCCCACGUACAGGGAUGACCAUUUGAACAUUAAUCCCAUAGCAAUAGAACCAACUGACGACGGCGUAGCGGCAGUCGGGACAGUUCUCAUUCAGUUGCCAGGGGGGAACAGUGUGCCCUCAAAACUGUGUCUAGGGUCUGCAUUAACAAUGCGAAUUAACCCACCAAUUUCUGCAACUAAGAACAUGCGCCGGAGGCCGAGUGCAUCGUCUUGUUGAUUGUUCUUGUUGUCGUGCAUGUGGAUGAAUGGGGCCUAUCUGGUCAAAGUGAAUGGAUUCAAUUUGUGAUUCUUGGGAAUUUUGAAGAUUACAGGUUUAACCUUUUUUUUUAAGAAUGUCUGUGUUGCUGUUCUCUUUACCAGUACAAUGGUUACAUGUAUGUCAAAGACCUCCAUUCUGUGUCUGUGGGUACCAGUUACAACUGUUACAUGUGUGUCAAAGACCUUCAACCUGUGUCGGUGGUACCGGUUACAAUGGUUAUGUGUGUGUCAAAGACCACCAAUCCGUGUCGGUGGUUACCGGUUUAUGGUUAUGAUCUGUCAUAGACCUUCAAUUUGUGUCUGUGGUACCAGUUAAAAUGGUAAGGAUGCGUCAAAGAUCUUCAUCUGUGUUGGUGGGUAUGGUACCAGUAAAAAUGGUUAAGAUGUGUCAUAGACCUCUAUUCUAUGUCUGAUGGUUGGAGAGCCGUCAAGGAAGAAAGGGAGGAGUGCCAACUGCCAUUUCACGACAUAUACUAUGUAUUUCGCCUGUGGACCUGUUGUGUGGACCAGGUAUGUUUCCAGCAUCCUAGCCCACUUUUAACCUCUUUUUUUGUGCAAGGGAUAUGCAGUUUUUUGGUGAUGAUUCCAUGACAUAAAGUCACUGUCACGGCCAACUGUUCCCUCCGAGAUCCUUCAGUGUGAUAAUAUUUUGCAGACAUUAACAAUAAUUACUUCAGAGAUAGAACUUAAUUAAGCAGAAUGCCUUUUGAAAGAAAUACUCUUACAUGUUGUGGCUGGUCUGCAGUGAAAGUUAACUUCUGUCCCUGUAAUUAAUUCGUCAUGGCAUGUUGAAUUUACUUUUCUUUUCAACAAUUUGUUUUGAAAUGUUAGUCAAAUUUUACAUUGUCAUAUUGAUACUUAGAGAAUGUCAUAAUACAUCAUGCCAUGUUUGGGUGUACAGAAAGUUUUGUAGAUCCGACUGAGGUAAUUAAUGAUGCAUGUUUUCGACAGUUGAUGAUAUUAAGGAAACAGGUAUAUAACCUUUCCAAUUUCACCCAUGUUACAUUGUAUUGUGGGAUAUUAAAAUGUGUGCCACAUGCCUAUGACAGAAAUUUGUUUCUGAACCUCAAAAAGUGUAAAAUGAUCCUAAUUGGCUUUGCUCUAAAGAUAUGUGUAACGCAUCGGUUUUAGACUUUACACUCUGCUUGAAAACUGAAAUGUGCGACUAAGCAACGCUUGAGUGGUACAUGGGCAUUGACCAUGUACUCAAGUGUCUUCCAAGUAAGUGAAACAGUUUCACCAUUGAAAACUAUAUGUAGAAUAAAAGAAAGCCUUGUGCAGGUUAAGGGAUUAGAGCGGAUGCUGAUCUCACAGAUCAUACAGAGCUUAGUUUAAGUGCAUUUUUCUGAACAUAUAUGUAGAUGGCAUUUUUUUCAAUACAAUUGUAGAUUUAGUGGGGAGAGGUCUACAGAGGUUAGAUAUUUCACUGUGUACAAAGUGAUCAGCUGGGACAUCUCACUCCUUUUUGACUCAUAAGCGUAAUUUCUGUGAUAGGCGUGUCCAAUGCCUCUGAUGUGAGAGGACUUUGCUGAACAUGUCAUGUGUACGUUGCAAUAUUCACCAACAGAUAUGCACAUUUAUGAGUUCAGUUGUCUGUUUACUUAACAAUCAUGUCUUUGCUGGAUUUGAGAAGGCAUAAGAUGAUUUCUUGUAAAAUAUUGAUUGUACUUGUUUAUUGCAAUGCGAGCAAUGUCAAUGCAGUUACCAUGGUUAUGGAUGGGUAUGAAUGCUUGUAAUGGAUGCCUACCGUAAUACCAAUCUGGAGUUUUUACACCUUUUUCUGGGGCUGUCAUUGAAAAGUUUUGGUGUCAGUGAUAAUUAGGCCACACUUAUGGGUUUUAUUGUUCACAGAUUGUUUGCAAACAAUCAGCAUUGGUUGGUGGAAAUGAAAAUACAAAUUCUAUUUUGUGGCUAAAUAUUUUAUUUGGUGAAUAGGUUUUGAGGUUAGUCGUUAAGGGGGAACAUAUAUGCUAAUUUUUGGUAUAUUUUCUGAUUGUCUAUAUUUGGCCAUGAAUCCAUGAACAUAAAAAUCUUAUAAGUGAAACAAAUUACAAAACUGAUUGAUGCAUUCCAAAAUAUUCCUUGUCACACAAUUUGCAAAUAGGCAUAGGAGCAUUAUGUGCAAGGUCACAAAUUACGCUUAACCUAAAUAUAUUUUUUUUCAUACAACAAUGCAAAUAAUUGUGUUUGGAAGUCAAUUUGUGUAUGAACUUGACUGGUAUGCCAAGAAUAAGGUGCACUUGAAUUUAUAUUAGCACUAGUAUAACUCGCAUUACUUUAUUCUUUGGUUUGAAUAUGGUGCUGAAGUUUCUAAUCAAUGACAGCCCUACUUAUUUGCUGACUGUUUCAAUUAAUCCUUGGACAUACUGGCCAUCUGUUCUUUCAUCAGUAAUGAGAGAUGUUCUGACAUGAACUGCCACUUAUUUGAUAUUUGAUUUGUAUUUGGGAGGUGGGGUCUAGUGCCGUAUUUAACAGUAUUAGUUCUCUCAUGUCUUGUCAGCUUAAUGUUGGAGGAAAGACCGAAGUGAUCUUACAUCUUAGAGGUUUGCCUUGUUGACCAAGGAACAUUGGUGUGGUGCUAACAGACCAAGGAUAAUAAUCAGGGCAAAUCUGGGAAUUGAACUGAGUUUUGUGGAUCCUGGCAAAUCCAAGGGAUGCAACUCUAAAACUUCCAUCCAGUGGCGGUGUUAAGUAAGACAAAUGCUUUGACAAUAUAUGUUUGAAUGCAAGAGUUGUGUUUGGGAUUUAGUAGCCAGUUUGGACAUGGAUUGUUGGAACAUAGUCAGUGCUAGACGGCCUUGGUAAUAACAGCUGGCAUGAGUGAAUGUGGAAAACAUUUGUUUGAAUUUUAAUCAGUUCUAAUUUGUUAUCAGUGUUGCGUUUCAAGACAUACCACAUUCCGCAGUGAUUGGCAGUUGACCACAUCCUAGAGGACCGAGUCAGUAUAUUGCUUGUGUUAUUAGGGCAAUAGGAGAAGAACACCCUUAUAAGAGAACUCAGGAGUGAUGGUGUUGCCAUGUCAUUAGGCAGUCCAGGCUCUGUUACAAUGAAAUUAGUGAAGUUAUUAAUGGCCUCUUUUUAUCUAAAUAUAAAACAUCACCAGAGAAUAACCAGCCUCGAUUAUCCAACAAAACAGAUUCCAUUGGGUGUAAAAGACAAAAUAUCAGUGAAAAUUAUUUGAGUGGAUCACUGAACUUUUAGAGACACGUCUUUUUUGAGUCGCUUGUUCAGACAAUGUUUUGGUGUAUUUGUUUUUGGAGGGGGAGGAUGGUAUUUUCUGAUUCGAAUUAUUAUUUUCAAAAGACCAAAUUGGUUCUUAGUAAUGUGGAGGGCCAAUCGCUAAUUGGGUUUAGUUACUUUGCUAAGAGCCUUGUCUUGUGGCCAAUGCAUUAUGACUGAAUGGGGAGUUUGUGUAUGAUUGAGAUAGGUUUUUUUUCCCCUGUGGCUGUGGUCAUGUCUUGAAAGCAGCUGUUGUCAUUCAUCCCAGCAUAUCCAUGUCAUACAAUUCUGUCAAUAUUCCAUUGUUAAUCCACCUUUGAGUUUGCUGAUUGUGUUAGCUUUACCAUGUAUACUUACAAAACAUAUACUCCAAUCAAGGUCAUGCUUUGUGGGAAAUUUCCAUUUAAAAUGAAGCUUACAGUCACGAACCAAGAGCACAUGUGGAGGAGGUUUUUUUUCAAUGUGAUGAUCAUUGGUAACCAUUGGUAACACAUGAAGAUCUGUAAUGUCCAUCUUUUAAAAACAUUAUUUAAAGAAGAGUUUGGUUUGAAUUCUCUCAGUUUCAUCUAAUAUAUAGAUUGCAUUGUAUUCAAAUUUUGAUUGAAUCUCAUCAAGAUUCCAGUGUGUGAAUAUACUACUAAAAGAAAAGUCAAGGACCACCCAAUUCUUUCAUGUUACUAUAGUUACCAUCUUGGCAAGACAGAUUAACUAUAGUAAUAUGAAAGAAUCGGGAUUGGUUUCUAUAUGUGGUGGCUGUGGUCAUGUCUUGAAAGAUCUUGUUCAUCCCAGCAUUUCAUAUCUGUUGUUAAUAUGACAAGUUAACUAUAGUCAUAUGAAAUAUUCGGGGGUCCUUAACUUUUUAUUUGAGUAGUAUAUAACAUGUCAUGAACAUUUGAAGCUUUUCAAACAAACUCCAUGUUCCCAAUAUUUGAGGUGAAAUUGGAGUUGUUAACCAGGGACGGUCAGGUAGCCUAGUGUUAAAAGCGUUCGCUUGUCACGCCGGAGACCUGGGUUCGAAUCCCCACAUGGGUACAAUGUGUGAAGCCCAUUUCUGGUGUCCCUCACCAUGAUAUUGCUGGAAUAUUGCUAAAUGUGGCAUGAAACCAUACUCACCCACUCACUGUAAAGUUAACCUGAGUGUUUAAUAGAGGGACAUGUGUUGUCCUUGUUUCCACACUGCCUGUCAUGUCAUAGCUUUUGAGUUUGUCUGUUUUUAUUUUUUGGUUGUUUGUUGUGAAGUUCAACAUCAGGACAUGAUCCAGCAUUGUUCUUCAUUUCAUCCCAAUGAGUUCAUUUCAAGUCAGUUGUUAAAUGUUCUAGUCUCCUGUUUUGUUGAUAUGAAUGACUUCCUGCGUGGACAAGUUAGAGGAAAUGUUUAUAUGUUCAAGUUCCAGUGAUGCUCCAUGGCUCAAUACUUGUGAAGCUUUCUCCUCCCCCGACAUGUGUCCUCCCAUGUCCUCUGUACAUACACCUGGUGUACACACCAUGCAUAAUUCAUUGUAAAUGCUUUUCUUCAGACCUCACUUAGUCCACAGGGAACAGAGACAACUCAUCCGCAGAUGAUCAGAUGCUUGUGGGAAUUUUAGGGGAUUUUUACAGAUGCUGAUGCUGAGGCAUGUUUGUCAUGGAUGGCCUGAUUGAUUGUGGAUCACCUUAUCAAUCGGGUUGAUUCAGUGUGGAAACCCAUGGGUGUUGUCAGCGUAUCCAGAAAAUUGGGGUUGGUACAAUGUUGGAAGCCCUCCUUCAGACUGAUUUAGGUAUUUAUACCAGUGGAGUUGUAUGUGGCAUUCCAACAAGAUGACAGCUGGGGACACCAGAAUUGGGCCACACCAUGGAGGAGGAAUCAGAGAUGCUUUGUGGGGACAAGCGGCUGGCUGGCCUAGUGUGGAUGUUUACUCCAGUCUUGGCUGAUUUGCAUCUGCUGCUUGGGAACUGCAUGGGUGGCCACUGACAACUUUCAACAUAACUGCAGUAUCAAAUAUAUGUCUCUGCCCACUGGGAUAUUGGCAGCAUGCUAUUGGCUGGCUGGCUGGCACAAAGAUUGUGUUUGGUAUUCUGUCUCUCUUGAGGAGUUGUCUCUGUUUCACUGACGAGUAGGAACUUCUCGUAGGCACGAUUAGUAGGACUUCAUUAUGGAUCCUAGAUUAGAAUGAUGUCAGCCUACUUUUGUAAGAUUUGUACAUAAUAUGGAGCCCUUGCAUGAUAUGUUAUGAGUGCAUGUGAUAUUUGCCCAGUUUUUGUCAUUCUAGUCUAGAGAACAUUCAUGGUGUACAUGAACCACAAGUCCUUUGUGGCAAUUUUUUGAAUAUUUUGUAUAAAUUUGUCUUAUACAUAUGAUAUUGGUAGCUGUGAAUAUUUUAGUUGUAAGAUAUGUAUGUAUCAAUGAAUUGAUGAUCAAAUUUGUUCUGGGGAUCAAAAGAACCGUGAUGAAGAAAAAACAAAAUUGUGUGUUUAAGCGCCUGUGUCAAAGUAUGUACUAACAUUUUUGUGAUAUCUGGUUGUCAAAUGGCAAAAUUUCUAUCAAACUAUUUCAUGUGAUAUAGAAAUUAGCAAAGACCUAUAACUCAAAUAAGUAGAAAUUGUAGGUUUUUGUACAAAUCUUAUCUCCUGUAUUCUGUAGGUGAAGUGUUGAACUGUAAAACUUGCCUACAGGAGACUUAGUCCUUCAUCUUCAGGGCUGACCAUUUGAUAUUGUUUGACCCGUACUACUCCAACAAGUUAAGGAACACCCACAACUGGAAGGCUGUAUGCUACAAUACCAACCAGCCAUGACAGAUUAACCAUAGUCAUAGGAACAAAUAGGCUGGCCUUUAACUUUUUCAGGUAGUUUAUUCAGGGUGGAGAAGAGCUGGGAUUUUUGGCAAAGAGAAAAGAUUUCUUCAAGCAGAACCUGGAAAAGGAAAACAGUAUUUGGCCUUUUGGCAAUUAAAAGAUAACUUUCACUGGACAUGCUGUAUGCCCUGGAAACAAAUGUGGUGUGGUUUCCUCCAAAAUGUUGACUCCCCCCAUUCUUGAAGCAGAGGCAGAAACUGUCAUGUUGCUGACAAAAUUCCUCCCACUCCAGAAUAUCAAGUGGUUGGCCCCUAAAAUGUUACUACCAUUCAUCGAGACCAUCCUCUGUUGUGAUUUGAAAAAUCCACUUUCUGGGCUGGCAAUGAUUAAAGAAGGGCCCUGCCAGUGUAUUUAAUGUAGUCCACCUCAUGCUUUUAUCUAUUUCAGCUUCUAAACUCUUUCGUAUUGACCUCAGAUUAUAUAUGAUUCAAAGAAACCUUUUUGGUAAUGCUUUAACCUAUUUUAUUGUGUAUUCUCGAAUAGGUCAGUGAUUAUUUCAGUGGGCAUUUAAAUAUUCUGUCGGUAAACACGUCCUAUUGAGCAUAUUAUCCAUGAAAGUUCAAGUUCAAAAGAACAGAAUUUGUUAUGUUCAGUUUUUAUUCAGUCCAUCUACAUAUAUUUCUUUGUUAUGAUUUUUGUCAUUUUGAAAAGGUCUGCAAAUAUGCACCUGACAAUGAAAUGUUAAGAAUGAUAUACAGUUUUGAAAAUGGCAUUGUAAGCAUGAAAUGCUUAUUGCAACUUUUUAUUUUAUAGGUCAAAUUUUUACUUGUGAUGUAUACAUCCAUGGUGUACAGUACUGAUAUUUGGUGACUCAUUUACAUUCAAACAAUUCCGCAAAUUGUGCUAACAUUUAGAAGACAAAAAACAUUUACUGAAAAUUAUAUGACUAUUUUCAGAUUAAUUACUUGAUUAACAAUUAACAGCCAGUUAAAUCCUGCUUUAAGUAAUGGGGGAAAUGGCUCAGAUUUAAAAAUGAAUCAGAAACUACCUGACUGCAUACAUGGUCUGUGACCAGAGGGUAAGUCUUCCAAGUAAGAAACGUGUAUGAGGAUGUAACCUGGUACUACUUUCUAAUCGAAUGUGGACUUUCAGUACUUUUGCAUCGAGCUGUAGAUCUAUGUCAUGAUCUAGUUAAAGUUGUAGGUCUGCUACAGAUGUUGUCAAAGUUAAGGAGAAACAUCUGAAUAUUGUGUAGGAGUUGUCUGAAACCAAACAUGAUUUUGUCAGUCAGUGGAAAGUUGAAGGAGCUCUUGGGAGGUUAUUUGUCAUUUGGAGACUUGGAGUUUUGUUUCAUCACAUGUUCAUCAGAAGAAUAGUAUGGAAGGUUAACUGCCUUAUACCUGGUGAUAUAUCAGUGUUCAUUCUUAUACAGUUGUCAUGUAAGGCAUGGCUUUCAUCUGUAGCUACAUGCAAUUGUUCCCAGGAUAUUUGAUGGGCCUGGGAGGAGUGAGCGAGUGAGUUUGAUUUUACGCCACUUUCAGCACUUAUUCAGCAAUAUCAUGGCGGGGGACACUUUCACCACAAGACUACCCGACUACCCUGGGAUUGUGGGGAAGAAGGAAAGGACAACUUUAAUUAGUGAACAACUAAAUUUCUCAGAGAAGAUUUAUGUAUUUGACACAAUAUGUACUUUAAUAUGUCCAUGAGAGAUAUUUCCAGUUGAGUAGGUGGUGCUGUUGGAGGAAUUACCCGCCAAACAUUAUCUCACUUGCUCUACACCAAAUAAUCUUUCUAAGAGCUCCUUCAACAGAUAUAAGUUUGAAUUUAAUGUGCUCAACUGAGAAGUUCAUAUUUUUGCUGGCUGUGUAGGUACAUACUGCUAUGCUUGUACUAUUCAACAUCUAUUGGCUGCUUACAUACAGCUUUGAACCCAUUGUACAGUAACGUUCUUGUAGAACUGGAUGCUGAUUUUGAAUUUGCCUUCACAAACUCCAUGCUGUUGAACAUGGAAGAAUGUUACUGUAGGAGGAAUUUGUCGCUGUGGAGAGCAGAAGUAGUGCUAGCUAUGCUCCUGCAGGGGAUGUUUCCCCUGAUAAAUAAGUUUAAAUAAUCUGAGUGCCAAUAUGGUUUAACAUGUACUUAAGAUGUACAGCAUUACAGUAUUAUAUUACUAUGUUUAAGAUCAAAAGCAUUUAGUGUUCUAUUAUUUGUUAAAUCUACUUAUUUUAUACAGCUAUAUCAAACAGUUUUUGUGAUAUGUUGCGAAAGAAGAUGCCCCGUGUUUGUUUCCAAAGCAUUCAUAGUGCUAGAAUUGGAUGGUUGGGAACGGGUAGCCUUGUCAACUGAGGCACCAGAUUUUGCUGUGUCCCUUUGGCAUGUCUUAAACCUAUGGUCAAGGCUUAGCAUCCCGGAUUUGAUCUGAAUAUGAUUCUAGGUGCUCGAUGACCCCACAGAAGUGGUAAACAUCCAAGACCUUCAUGUUGUGAGUUUGUCUCGCAUCAAGCUGAUAUGCCCUGAUAUAACUGAAAUAAUGUUACAAGUGGUGCUAACUCCAACUCACUCCCCCACUUGGAUGAAGGCUUACAAUAGUUGUAGCACUCUGAUUGUUUUGUCUGAUGGACCAUGGAAUAAGGAAAUAUUCAUUUUCUGAUUCUAUAGGAAUUUUUAUCGAUAUAUGUGGAUGUUGUCCAGAAAUGUAUUUUGUCUACAAGAUUGAAGAUUCUUGAAGACCAGGUCCAUGUAGAAGAAAUAAAGACAUGUUCUGUUGGAUUGCAACAUGGAGAUGAAAAUACCUUGUGAAUCUCAAAAUUUCAAGACACGUAAGCUGUUGUAUUUUUUAGUUCAUGAUAUGAUAAUCGUUUCCUAGUGAAAUGUUCAUACAGUGAUCCCUUGCUAAUAGGCUACGUUUGGGGGUCCUAAUAAUUGCUGAUCGCUAUAGACGAUGAGCAGUUUAACCGAGGUGGAGUCGUAGGAGUAGAUGACCAACACAACAGUACAUGCUCGGUCUGCCUAACACGAUCUGUACUAUAUGUUGCAUAUCAGAGUUUGAAAAAAAGAUUAGAAUAUAGUAGUUGUUUAUGAUUUAUAGUGUAAAAAAGAUUUAUCCAGUGUUAUGCGCAGUAAAAAACUACAUCGUAUCCCUUCAGGGAAUUCAGGUGAAUGAACAGGUAUAACAAACCUGGUCAAUGAAAUAUUUAAGAUUAACACAUCAGUAGACAUGAUGAUUUACCAUAUAAAUUGUAUUUCCUGCUCUCCAAGGCAUUGUUUUAUAUGCAGAGAUUAAGAUUACUCUGUGUAUUUCCUCGUAAACCUAGCCGGAAAUAGCAAUCAGCUGUGCACACAUUUUCUCCCGCUCUUCCGGUGAUUCAGAUACAAACUACCCAGUGAUACAAUUUCAAAGAAUUUUGAUACAGUUGUCGGAAGAAAUUGUAUCUGAAAUAAUUAUUUUAUCAGAAAUAAUAUAUUCCAAUAUGGUGUUACUUUAGUUGCAGCUUUUACUGCACAUAUUUAGAACGAUUAGAACCAGGACCUCAGCACUUUGUUACAGCUGAUUUCUAUUGCCGGAUAUUUUUUAGGUAUGGAACAAUUUAUUUAUCAGUAGCAUUUAUUUAUCAGUUAUAGAUACUAUCAAACUAUUGUAAAGCUUUUCUCUACCUUAAAGAGAAUUUGUGCAAUAUGAAUAUGACGACGGGAAUAGUAUUACAGUACCUUGUUAUUCUUUUGGAGAUUGUGGCAAGUUUCGAAUCUGUUAUGGAUAGCGAUGAGAAAAGUGAUGGAAUCAGGUUGGCUAGUUCUUUAAUUUGUGAUACGGCCAGUAAGUUAGGUGUAUACACAGUUGUGUGCUUGUGUGUCGCCCUCUAGUAGAUUGAAUGGCGAUAUUUGAUACGAGUCCCAUCAUGCCUCAUUGCUAUCACCGUAUACACUCAUCGCCAUCGCUCACUGAAGUCUCAGACUCAAUAAAUCAUCAUAUAUAA